AUUUCUUUCAGAUCCUCUCUGCCUUUGAACAAAUCCGAGACAUUCCUGCAAAGUCGCAAUAUCACUAGCCGAAGUGCCAAGUCACUCAGACCUUCAACACCAUGUCUACUAUCCAGCUUCAGGCCGUCCGCCCAACAAUCCGCCACUUUUCAGUCCACCGCGCUCAGACAACUAGUCGCACAUCGCGCUUCGUCACAUCAUCAUGUCUAGUUUCUGCUGUCGUGCUUCCCUUCGUCCCACCGGCCCUCGAGAGCUCGCGUGAGCGGAAUCAAGGCUCCCCGAACCAUAGCAGACCGCACCCUCCGCUCUGCUUUCAUGCUCGCUGAUGCUGACGCAGAGCGCAAACCCAAGUCGUCAAUCGGAUCGGAAAUCGUUUCCGAAGUACCCAUACUACGGAGACUACUCCGAUAUACCUAAACGCCGAUUCCCGACGCACUGGGUUUUUGAACGGCCACAAUAUCUGCCUCUGUGCUUGCUCUGACGAGACCCGUCUUUUUUUAGACACUAAUGGCGUUCGGUGGAUCUUAUUUGCUUUUUGGUUUAACUGGGUGAGAUGCAUCUGCAUCAGUGGCGUCCGAGGCGGGUGGCUUUCUGUUUUGCUUUUGGAGUCUGGCAUAAUAUCAGUUAAUGAAUGAUCGGUAUGGGCAUGAUUUGG